AUCCAGCUCAACGUUCAGCACACACUCGCGUCUGCAAAGCAAAACAAAUCCCAAAAACCAACUCCAUUCACAAUGGCAUUCUUCAAAUCCCUGAUCUGCCUGGCCGUCCUGAGCGCCGCCUCCGCCGGAGUCCUCCACGGACAUGGUGCUGGUCUCUACGCUGCCGCCCCGGCCAUCUAUGCCGGUCAUGGCCACCACGACGAGGGAAUCGAUUACCAUGCCUACCCCAAGUACCACUACAACUACGGAGUGGCUGACUCCCACACCGGAGAUGUGAAGUCCCAGCAUGAGGUGCGUGAUGGUGAUGUUGUGAAGGGAUCCUACUCCCUGGUGGAGCCCGAUGGUUCGGUGCGCACCGUGGAGUACACCGCCGAUGACCACAACGGAUUCAACGCCGUGGUCCACAAGACCGGCCCCACUGUCCACCAUGCUGCUCCCGCCGUGGUUGCCCAUGCCGCUCCCGCCGUUGUGGCCCAUGCUGCUCCCCAGGUGGCCUAUGCCCCAGCCAUUGCCCACCAUGUGGCCGCUGCUCCUGCCGUUCCCUACGCCGGAUCCCUGGCGCAUCAUGCCGCCGUGCCCGCCUACGGAUAUGCCACCCACAACGCCCACGCGCAUGUUGCCCACUACUAAGGUGAUAGGACAAGCUGCAAAAUGCACCACCUGAAGCACUACAUGCACCACCACCAACACCACUCUUCUGUAAUUUAUUAAGCACGUUGACGACCUCACAAAAAACGGAUGAUUGAUCCACUGACGAAGCCUGCUAUAAUACUCAGUAUCCCAGUCAUGUCCAUCGCCUGCACGGGGAUUCCCCUAUCCCCGGCAGCAUCUAUCUCCCUCGAACACACACACAUUGCCGUCUCUGUCUCAGCUUUCGCGCAAUUCUCUCUUUUGUUUGUUAUCCAAACUUCUCUUUUAUUGUAAAUAACGAAGAAAUCGAGUGAAGAACAAACGCCCAUCAUGCCACACGCCCACGAAGAAGAACCAACCUGAAAAAGAUGAAGAAAAACGAACAAAACAAAAAAAUAAUAAAAAAACACACAUGUAUUAUAAUAAUUUUGUGUAUACUUUAAGUUUGAAGCUGAAACUGCUGACAAUGCUAUAAAUACAAAAUGUAGAGAAUUACAAAAAUUCAAA